AGUACAACUACAGAGUACGGAGUAUACAGAUAGCUUCUUGAAGGCGAUAUAUUUUUGGUACCUAGACUGGAGGUUUUGGGACUUGCCUGAAUAUAGCUUUACCAGGCUGUUAGGUUCAUCUCACCAAGGAAUAACCAACAUAAGCACUAACUAUCAGUACUGUUAGGAUAGAAUGAUGACAUCAGGAAGGAGGAUCAUGUGAUAAAGGGACCUUCGUAAAACAGUUACCCAUAAUCAUCUCCCUUCUCUUAUUUUCUCUUCGGUCAAGUGAGAGCUAGUCUGAGUUAAUAUAUCCCGAAUUGAAUCUAUCUUGCAUCUAUCUCCUAUCGAAUCCCAUAGAACCUAUCAUUUCUGCCCUUGGGAACAGUUCGGCUGAUUAUUGAUAUACCUAUCCUCUAUUGGACCGACCCAAGGUAACACUAUGUCUCAAGAGGGUGAAAAGUCCUUGAAAUCGGUUUUGAUUACCGGCUGCAGUGCUGGCGGGAUCGGGUCUGCCCUUGUGGAAGAGUUUCAUGACCGCGGGUUGCACGUCUUUGCGACUGCGCGCUCUCCGUCAAAGAUGGCGCAUCUCGAGAAUUUCCCACAUGUAACGCUGUUGAAACUGGACGUGCAGUCUCCGAUUGAUAUCGCUGCUGCAGUGGAGGCUGUCACUGCCAAAACGGGCGGGAAGCUGGACUACCUAGUGAACAAUUCAGGCCAGGGUUUGGUGAUGCCUGCCAUUGACACCGAUCUUGAAGAAGCCAAGAAGCUCUUUGAUGUGAAUUUCUGGGGCGCGGUUGCUGUCAUUCAAGCUUUCUCUCCCUUGGUGAUUGCUGCGAAGGGAUCCAUUGUCAAUGUUUCCUCCGUAGCGAGCCUGCUUAAUGUGACGUGGAAUAUCUUCUACAACUCCUCCAAAGCCGCAUUGAGGAUUUAUAGCGAAACGUUGCGCCUGGAAAUGGCCCCGUUAGGUGUUAAAGUUGUGACGGUCAUGGCAGGCACCGUGGCCACAAAUAUCACUGCCAAUACCCCGAAAGUUGACCUUCCUUCGGAUUCCUUGUACCGGGCAGCGUCCAAAGAAAUCAAUGAUUUGGCGACCGGAGUAUGGGUGAAAGACGCUCCUUCUCCGGCGGAGUUUGCAAAGAACGUUGUGAAUGAAGUCCUUGGAGGUGCCAGCGGGAUGAUAUGGAAAGGAAAGAUGGCCUCGAUUUCUUGGUUCUUGACCACUUUCAUGCCCACCUGGGUCAUUGAUCAUAUGCUCCUGGAUCAGAGUGGGAUCAAGCACAUGAGCUGAGCAUUUCUCUCUAUUGCUGAAAAGCACUCUUUUGCGUAUGAGAAAAAUUUUCUUUCUUCUUCUUUUUUUGGUUUCACUUGUAACAGUAGAAAGGACAUGAUUGGUACUAUGAUCAGUAUAUAUAUGGUGAUGUACAUACAUUAGAUUCUGGUAUCUCAACAAACAAUAAUAAUGUAAGGAUAGAAAAACACGGACGCCGA